CAUUAGGUUGCCCUUUAGUUCUGCAUUGCUGAGCGUAAACAGCCCUUGAUACUUUCUGCACCCUCAAUUGUUUGCAAGAAUCUUUUGAAUCUGGUUUCAAAUUGAGUCCAAAGGUGCAAAUGAAGUCCAUGAAAUGGAAAAGAUAAGGAGUGAUAUGUAACUGAGGAGGAAACUCACUGAACUAUCAGUUAUCAGUAGGUGAAAGCAAAAGCCAGAGGCAGUGAUUACCUAUGAUAAGGAUUGUAUCAUAAAGGGGCCAUUUUCACAACUGACGUGGGGACCAUCUUAUAUUGUUCCUCCUUCUCCACUUGUAUAAAAGGCUUUGUCGCUUUGGCUUUGACAGUUUGAAACAACAUGGCAAAACUUUCUCUGGAGCUCUGGAGCACUCUGCAGGAACUAACGGAAGAUGAGUUUAGCAAAUUCAAGUGGAUGUUGAAGCAGGAAGAUGUAUUGAAGGGCCAAAGAGGGAUCCCAGUAUCGUUGCUGGAGUGCGCGGACAGGCAGGACACGGUGGAUCUGAUGGUGGGGAAAUACAGACGUCCUGGGGCUCUGCAGCUAACCACGGACAUUUUAGAGCUGAUUGGAAGGAACGAUCUCAGGGGGCGUUUGCAAAACUUCUGCCAAGACGAAAAAGAUUUCAAGAACGAUCGUGUUGAGAAGGAGACGGAUAAAGUUGGAAAGAAAGCAGAGCUGAAAAGGGUCAAGCGGUUUGCAGUGGACGUGACUCUGGAUCCGGAUACAGCACAUCCUGACCUUGUCCUGUCCGAUGAUGGGAAGCAAGUAUAUCGAGGUGACGUGACCAAGAAACUCCCAAAGAGCUCCAGGAGAUUUGAUAGCUGUGUAAGUGUCUUAGGAGAGCAGAGAUUCUCGUCUGGAAGGUUUUACUUCGAGGUUCAGGUCAAAGGGAAGACUGCCUGGACAAUAGGAGUCGUUCGGAAGUCCAUCAACAGGAAGGGAACAAUCAUGCUCCAACCUCAAAGGGGUUUCUGGACUAUGUACUUGACGAAUGGGGAUGACUAUAAGGCAAUCGAAAACCCUGCCGAGCCUCUGAUUCUUGAGUCACCUCUUGAGGUGUUGGGAGUGUUUGUGGAUUACGAGGAGGGUCUGGUCUCGUUUUAUAAUGUGGAUACUGCAGAUCUCCUUUACUCUUUCACUGAGUGCGACUUCACUGAGAAACUCCUCCCAUACUUCUGUCCCUGUAGUAAUAAAAAUGGGGACAAUUCUGCACCUCUCAUCAUUUCUGACAUUUAGAUCAAUAAUACAGAAGGUAUGUUCACUCGAACUUGGGCUUUCUGACCAUAGUUGAUGAUCGGUAAUUGAUACUGAUUCCAGAAACCUUUGCCUAUAAUCAUUCUUGGAAAUCGUGUGCACAAAGACUGAUAUCUGUUUUUAUGAGGACAAAGAAUAAUUAAUAUAGUAAGUGUGUGAUAGUUUUUUUUAUGAUUUUUUUUUUCUGUUUUCUUCUGUUUUUAUUUUUUAAUUAUUAAAUAUUUACUAUUGUCUGCUGAAUAAAAGUGAUUGAUUUUCAUUAAAUUAAA